GAAUGAAUCAUGAAUGUAAAUAUCAAACAAUCAAAGUUGCCACCACUUGCUUAAAACCGAAGCCAUCUUUUCUUACCCUUAAUUAAAUCUUGAUCUCCAAAAAUAAAAUAAUAUGAGCUGGUGGUGGGAAAGAUGUACUGGAGGUGCUGCCAAGAAUAUAUCCAAUGAAAUAGACGAAUCAUCACAAAACUUGCAAAAUGUGGCAUUGAUUAUAGGCGUGACGGGCAUUGUAGGCAAUAGUCUAGCCGAAAUUCUCUCUCUCCAAAACACACCAGGUGGUCCAUGGAAGGUUUACGGCGUAGCGCGGCGUAAUCGACCGGCAUGGAACACCAACCGCCCUGUUCACUAUAUUCAAUGCGACAUCUCGAACCCAAACGACGUCGCGUUGAAGCUCUCACCGCUAACUGACGUCACACACAUAUUUUAUGUCUCAUGGACCAGCAAGUCCACUGAGGCCCAAAAUAUUGAAGUCAACGGGUCCAUGUUCCGCAACGUCCUCAACGCUCUAAUUCCAAACGCUCCCAAUCUUCGCCACGUGUCUCUCCAAACAGGAACCAAACACUAUCUAGGGCCCUUUGAGCUUUUCGGAAAGGUCAAGCCGAACGAGCCCCCUUUCACUGAGGACUUACCACGUGUCAAUGCACCAAACUUUUACUACACCCAAGAGGACAUAUUGUUUGAAAUGGCCCAAAAGAAAAAAGGCCUAACAUGGUUUAUAAAUAGGCCACAAGUUAUCUUUGGAUUUUCACCGUAUAGCCUGAUGAAUCUUAUCGGAACCCUUUGUGUUUACGCGGCUAUUUGUAAACACGAAGGCGUUCCGUUAACUUUCCCAGGAACCAAAGCUGCAUGGGAGUGUUACUCACCGGCUUCAGAUGCCAAUUUGAUUGCGGAGCAGCACGUGUGGGGUGCAGUGGACGCACGUGCGAGAAACGAAGCGUUUAACAUUAGUAACGGUGACGUGUUUAGGUGGAAGCAUUUGUGGAAGGUGUUGGCAGAGAAGUUUGGGAUUGAGGAGUAUGGGUUUGUUGAGGGUUCGAGUUUGAGGUUGUCGGAAUUGAUGAAAGACAAAGGUGGUGUUUGGGAUGAGAUUGUGAAGAAGAAUAAUUUGCAAGCUACUAAGCUUGAAGAUGUUGGUGAUUGGUGGUUUGCGGAUAUUAUAUUGGGAAUGGAGGCUGUUUUGGAUAACAUGAACAAAGCCAAAGAACAUGGUUUUUUGGGAUUUAGGGACUCCAAGAAAUCAUUUAUAACUUGGAUAGAAAGGACCAAAGCUUACAAAAUUGUACCAUGAAUAUAAUAAGAGCAACAAUAAUAAUUGGCACCAACACGAAUCUAGUCUUGCCACACUUACGUGAUGUAAAUUAAAUGUGCCUAUACCAAAAUAAAUGUGUCUGUGUUAGUUGUAAAAUAAGUAAGGGAUUUUUUUGUUUGGUGACUAAAUAAGUAAGGGAUUGAAGUCUGAUGGGAUGGCUUUUGCUUAAUUAUUAUGCUAAUAAACAUUUUUA